AUGAUGAAGUAUACACCACAGAAGAUUGAAUUUAAUACUCCAACAGAGUUAACAAAUGUUCAAGAUAAAAACUAUACUGUAAACAUAUUCAAUCGUCCAAAGAUAUUAAAUUCUGGUAAAGAAUUAAUUAACGAUGAAGAAGAUGAAUUGCUUUACACAAUUAAAUUCGAUAAAGAAACAAACAAACCAAUCAUCUCAUUAUUACAUAGUACUGGUACAAGUGAUACUGCUCUCAUUCCGACUCUAAAAUGUUUAAUCGUUCCAAACAGAGAAAACAUGGAUAAACCCAAGAUUAUAAUUAACUCUCAUUCCAAAAAAAAACAAUUCAAAUUAAUUCUCGAUACUGGAAGUAAUGUUAGUUUAAUCAAUAAGAGGUUGAUUUCAAAAGAUAUGAAGAACCACGUUCACAAAACCAAAGCCAAGAUUAACUUACCGCUACUUGACGUCAAAGAAGAUACAUACAAAAUUAAUUAUCAACAGUCGAAUCAAUUACAUUGUAAUGUAAAAGCUCCAAGAAAACAUGUUACCGUAUCCAAUGAUAAUCAGUCACAGUCACAUAAUCUACUAGAUGAUGAUGAAGAUAUCAAAGAACAAGUUACAAAGUUUAUUGAAAGCAUCCCAUCACAACUUUGUGAUAUACUGGUUAAAAAUAAUCCAGAAGAAGAAGAGAUACAAGCAGUACGUGAUUUCAUUAAUAAUUCAUUCGAAGAUGUUAUAGUAGAUAAACUUCCUGAUGUUCCAGAUCAGAUUAACAAUUCCAGAAGAGGUAAUAUCAUACAUAAUAUCAUAAUAAAGAAAGAUCAAGAUGUUGAACCAACAAAGAAACAAAUCUAUUACUCAACAGAUGAUCAUAAGAGACAUGUCGAAGAAAUGGUUCUCAAAUUUAUAGAUUUAGGUAUUAUCAAAAGAUCAGAAUCAAAUUACUCAUCCCCAAUCAUGUUAUUAAAGAAGAGAGAUUCAUGGCGUGUAGUCCACGACUAUCGUCAAAUAAAUAAAGUCACUGUUAGAGACGAUCAUCCAUUCACUCCGGUUGAUAGUCUUUUAAAUCAAUGUAAAUAUUCAAAGCUUUUCUCAAAGUUUGACAUGAUUAUGGGUUAUUUACAAGUGUUAAUUAAUCCAGAACACGCAAAGUACACCAUUUUCAUUACACAUAUUGGUAAAUUUGAAUAUACUAGAAUGCCACAAGGUUUAGUCAACUCUCCAUCCACAUUCGCUAGAUUGAUGGUCGAAAUAUUUGGAAAAAUCAAAAGUUUAUUACAAUACUUUGAUGAUCUUUUGGUUCAUUCAAAACUCGACUACAUGACUGAAGUAGAUUUCCUUGGUUUUCACAUUCAUAAAGAUGGUAUAUCUCCAAGAGCUGCAAAGGUUAGAGCUAUCUCUGAGUUACCUGAACCAAGAAACGCCAAAGAAGCUGAAGCUGCAUUAGGUCUUUUUGGAUUCUUCAGGAGACACAUUGAAAAUUACGCUGAAAAAACAUAUCACCUUUCCAAAGAAUCAAUAGGAAAAAACAAGAAAACACUUUCUGAUGAAUCACUCAAAGAAUUCAAUAAUCUAAAGAAAGAGUUUGAAGGUGAAAAUAUUGUCGAUAUUCCAAUUGAACAAGAUAACUGCAUACCAAUAGAUAUCGAAAAGGUUAAAGCAUCAACAGACAUGCCAAUCCAUUCAGAUAAUAAUAAUCUAAACAAUGGUAGUUUUCACUUGUAUUGUGAUGUUAAUGAUAAAGCAUUAUCAGGUGUAUUAUAUCAAAUUCAAGGUGAUAAAUUCAAAGUCAUUUGGUUUCACAGUAGAAAACUUACUGAUACUCAAAAGAGGUACAGCAUAGGUGAUAGAGAGUUCCUUUCAAUCAUUGAUUCUCUAAAGAAGUUUCAACAUUUAUUAAUUGGUAAAAAGGUUUCAAUCUACACUGAUCACCAAAAUCUUAAAUAUAUUAUCAAUAAGUCAAACGAUAAACCGUUCACAAAGAGACAAGAUAAUUAUAUGAAAUAUAUUAAAGAAUUUGAUUAUGAAUUAAGACAUAUAAGUGGUAAAAAGAAUUGUAUAGCUGAUUUCUUAUCUCGUAAAUAUGAUAAUUUCCAAUGGGAUGAAUCGUUUUUAAAUAAAAUUAAGGAAGAACAAAUCAAUUCUCAAUGGCUAUUAGAGAUGAAAAAGAAUCCAAAUUUAUGCAUUGAAGAAAUUAAUGAUUUAUGUUACCUUAGUGAAGAUGGGUUCAAGAAAUUAAUCAUCAUAGAUAAAGAAACUAUUCAUACCGUCAUUAGGGAAUAUCACGAUACCAAAUAUAGUGGUCAUUACGCUUUAGAUAUAACAUACAAUAAUAUAAGACAAGAUUACUAUUUUAAAGAAAUGUUUUCUAUUAUCAAGAGGUACAUAAAGUCUUGUGCAACAUGUCAAUUGAAAAUUAACCGUAAAGAUAAUGGUAUACUCCAAAGUUUAGAAAUUCCCUUUGAAGUUUGGAGAGAUAUAUCAAUCGAUUUCUUAUCGCUACCAAAAACAAUGUAUGCACUAAACGGAUUUACAGUUGAAGUCGAUCAAGUUUGUGUCAUUGUUUGUAGAUUAUCUAAAAUGGUUAAUAUAGUUCCAUGUCAUAAGACAAUAGAUGCCCAACAUACCGCUCAAUUAUUGUUGAAUCAUGUGUUCAGACUCCAUGGUUAUCCAAGAACAAUCGUCUCCGAUAGAGAUCCAAGAUUCCUUUCAGAAAUAUGUGAGAGAUGGGCAAAGACGAUGGAUUCUAAACUCAAGAUGACUGUGGCACACAGAGCACAAGCUGAUGGUCAAACUGAAAGAAUGAAUAGAGAAAUUAUUAGAAUAUUAACUAAAGCCUCAACAGAGUAUGUGGAGAAUUGUUCAGAUAUCAUUCCACUUAUUGAAUUUGCAAUGAACUCAUCAAUGAGCAAGUCUACAAAGAUGUCACCAUUCCAAAUCGUUUAUGGAUUCAAUCCACCAACUCCAGUUAAUCAUUUCAAUUCAUUAACAAAGACUCGUAUACCAAUGAGCAACAUCAAAAAGAUUGUCCGUGAUAAUAUACUAGAUGCUCAAAUCAAUGCUCAAAAGUACUACAACCGAGGUCGUGGUGAUGUUAUCUUCGUAGUCGGAGAAAAGGUGAUGGUUAAAAGAAAAUUCUUCCAAACUAACCUUUCAAAAGAUCUAAUCUCUCACAAACUUGAAUCCAAGAAUUGUGGACCAUUCAUAAUCACUGCCGUUCAUGGUAAUAAUGUAACACUCGAUUUAUUAGUCAGAGAGUAUUGGAAUAACGUGCAGAAGAAACAAUUGAACUCUAGAAGAGAAAGAGAGAAUGUAACUACAGAAGCCGUUGAGCCAAUUGUGUCACCUCCACUCUCCCAAGAAGUUCAAAGGUCCCAAACAUUGCAACCAACUCCUCCAAGACAACAAAACUCCAACUCAAAUCAAAUGAACCAAUCAAAGAAAAGAAAAUCAAGAAAUCAAAAUACUUCAAUUGAAAAAUAA